UGAAUAUAUGUUGGAUGUUUAGUACCUCGUGUUUGGUUCCUCGUGACAAUUCGCCGAUGCACUUAGCAGAAUUUAUUUCGACGCUCAAGUCAAAUUAGUAAUUAUAAUUGUGUUCAUUGUCUCGAUAAAAAACCUUGAAAUUACGAAGAUAUUUGAAUCACGACUUAAUACAUUAUCUUAUAACGGAGAAAUUUGGGUAGUUCAACACUCGAUAAAAAUGGUGAGAUUGCACGUGAAGAAAGGUGAUGACAGCCAAUUUUUAUAUGACACCCACGUAGAGGCGAAUGUGGACGAUGUCUUAAGUGACAUCGUAGUAAUCUACAAUGGUCGUUUGAAGAUUUCAAGAAUCUGUUACGAGAUCGAGGAGCUGGCUAAGCACGGGGCGAUGUUACCACCUGACAUAAUGGGCCUCACGGACGAGCAGAUCGAGGAGCUCAAGCUCAAGGACGAAUGGGCCGACAAGUGCGUGCCCAUGGGCGGUUGGACUUUCAACAAAGACAAGAUCGGUUGCAGAAACGGUAGACAGCCCAACGAGAAGAUGCAGGAGGUGCUGAAGAAGACUGUCGAGGAUGCGCGUGCCAUGACAUCGAAAAAAUUAGUGCAGCAAGACAAACUGGUUACCCAGAAGACAGUUCAAGAAGCUUUGGAUUUGUUAAGAGGCGCCGUGACAAUCGUUUAUCCGAUGGGGCUUCCACCACACGACGUGAUACGUAAGGAGUUUGAGAAUACCGAAGAUCUUACCGGUACUCAAGCAUCUCUCGAGGUAAUCGAUGGUCAAUUGGCUCAGCUGUGGUUCUCCGGAAAGGAAUUAUUACCUGGGAAGAAGAUGAAGGACUUCGUGGGUAAUAACGAGAAAACCAAGGUGAUCGUGAAAUUACAGAAGAGAGGAUCUGGAAAACCGGCGAGGGAGCCGUUAAUGUCGGAAGACGAGCGAAAGCAAUUGAUGCUGCACGCGUAUCGUCGUCAAGAACAGCUGAAGGUGUACAUGAAUCUUGUGUACGCGAUGGCGAUUCCGAUACCGUCUUUCAUAAUCUCGGUGAUAUACCUCACCAUCGCCUACUUCAAGAUCUACAACGAAGACGAGGAGGUCCUCGUAGGUGGCGAAGAGGGUGAGGAAGGGGAGGAGGGGGAAGGUGACGGUACGCCCUUGCCGCCCACUAGCGGUGCAUUGACGCCCGGAAGUGAAGCCUUCAGGGAGGAUUUGGCGAGCUUCGGGCACCAACUCAAGGUCGCAAUGGCCGACGACAUCAGCAGGGAAAGUCUUGACGGGAUUCCUGACUCACUCUCCGUUCAGGGAAACUUGAGCAAGACGAUGACGACGAGUAUCUCAACUCCCCCUGGGCCGACGGCAGCAGUUUGAAGCGACAUUUCCAAGGUCUGAAUAAUAUCUCGUGGAGACCACAUUAGGCGAUCAUCCCAUCGCCGUCCGUAAAGAAGCGAGGCGUUACAAUGGCCGAAGAAGCUUUCUUGAACGAGGAAGCAGCCAAGUUAUCUUUCUGUCUCAGGAUCGACUAAAAAUCCACCCUCGCGAUUCACGGAGUGAACCAGAGGCAAUACUCGGUACUCUCUCUUUCUCUCUUUUUUUCUCUCGAGACACUCGACCCGAAUCGUACGCGAAUACACGACGAUUCAAGGGAACCUUUGACAACUCUGCCAUUUCUCUAUCGUAAAUCUGUCCCCCGUUACAAAGCGCCGACUUAUAUUUGCAGGACUGUCACGACGAUAUUUCGCGACGUACUUUUUCCUACUCGAUAAUAGCUCAAUAAUUGCGAAGUCGUGCGUAUUGAUAACUCCUGUCGCAGAGCUCGUGUCAAGAGAGGCAGGCAAGUCCCUCUCUCGUACGCGCGGUAUCCUUCAGUGCGAUGCUCGUAUGCGCCAGAAAAGUUCUUCGUUUCUUGCAAUGUUUAACGUUGGCGCGCGGCAGCCGUUGUACCGCGCGUCAGAUUGAUUUACCUCGCACGAUGCCUUCUUCGUAGCUUGUCUAAGUACGAUUCGCGAUCCGAAAUCAAUUUGCGAAUCCCGUGCCUGUAUAUCGCAUUCCGUAAACACGAAGAAUCUGUCCUUACUGUCGUAUACGUAGCGCUCGGGCUACGCCGUAUAUUUUUAAACGACUUUCCACGAUGUUGUCCGCGACGGUAGGCGAGAUGGUCGUUCUGCGUAGAGAGGAUGAUAAAUCCGGUUGCUUCGAAAGUGGCGCGAGUCUUGAAGAAUUUUUAAGUCUGCGCUAUUCUUGAAUUAUAAUAAACGUAUGACUGUAAGUUGACAAUUUAUAUGUAAUAUAAACGACAAAUUUUUAACGGCGGAUUAUAAAUCUGCCUGUGCAAGUUGUAAAUUUCUGGAAUGUCUCUAUCCAAUGCGGGAUCAAGCUGCAGACUUUAGGGAAGCUUGUUUUUACAUAAGCGAUAAAUGUUUUCUGCCGCUAAUCGCGUAGUCCACACCCCUUGAAUCGAAUCCCCGAAAGUUACCGGACUCGCGCCACUCUCAAAACGACUGAUGCAAAACUUGCAACGAAGCGCAUCCCCGAGUUACACGCUCCCUCUGGUUCACUCAACGACACCGAACGGACAUCCAUCCGCAGAACGCAGAGAAGGGAAAAACGCGCGCGGCGAGGUUCUACUCGCGGCAUCGCGCGCCAAUCUGUAUAUUAUAAAGAGAGGAAGUCACAAGUUUAGCUAUGGACUUGAAAGAAACUUACUCAGUAAAACUAAAUGAGCUAAAUACCGUUAAACGUUACGAGUAUUAUCAGGUAAUUCGCUUGCUGUGUGAUCAUGAUGCGUCCACUCGCGUGCAUCGUUAGACACUUUUAAUCAGAAAACACACCGACGACACCACGUCCGUUCCACUUUAACUGGCGACACGCUUUUGCAAAAGUAAAAAAAAAAACGCGCGAUUCGCAAGUGUCCACCCCCGCACCCCGUUGCGGCCUCGUCCAUGUUACUACGAUCUCCACACGCACAAAUUCUAAUGUUUUUCAGGUACCUGACCGACACGCACGAAGAAACGUAGGGUACCUUCGCGAGUCUUACCGAUUACUGCAUAUGCGCAAUUUAAAUCGAUAUAUACGAGUGUACAAGGCGAAGAAACCGAGAUACGGCCUGUUGUUUUUAGGUGCGCUUUCUGCAUUCAAACGAGGCGAAUUAUUUGCGCGGUUCUUCCUUCAGGAAGAGAGCAAGAAGAAAAAACAAGUGUUGAGAGUAUAAUUAAAAAGAGCAGACCUAUUCUCACUAAAUUGAUUUUUUUUUUUUUUUUCGGUGUACCAUUGGUAUAUUUUGUAUUUGACAAGCAUGCGAGCUGCUCUCUACACAAGUUUUCGCUCAUCUCUCAAAGGGUGAAACGUACUUUGAGCGCAAUGGUUUAAAAUAAAAUCGUAAUCUCGGUCAUAUAAUCAGUCGUAAUAUGAGCUUCGUGCUAACUUCUCAGGCUUAAAAAGAUCGGCUUGUCUUAUUACCGUCUCAAUGUCGGCCGUGAACAUAAUUAGCUUAUACGCUACGUUAUGAUUUUAGCGUUAACAUCGCCUGGGAUAUCGACCAAACGAUUGCCGCAUGGAAACUCCGAUUCUAGGAGUACCCAAGUAAUGCUUCGAGAAAUGCCCGUGAGCAUGUAGUUAUAGCGUUUGUAUCGAAACUUUGAGUACUUUACUGAAAAUUAUUUAUUAAUAUAUAAAUUGGUUAUUUUACAAGCCGGAGCCUCCAUCCUUGAAAAUAUCGGUGUUCCGUGCGGCAAUAAACUGGGCGAAACGCGAAACAAGACCAUACGUAAUUAUCGCUCGAUUCAUCGGUUUACAUUUUCGGAAUUCGUGCUAUUUCUGCGAUCAUACACACACAUACAUACACCAAGCAAUACCUACACACAUACACGACACACCACUGUGAAAGGCAUAUUCUACACACAUCGGUUAAUCUAUGGGGAAAAGAAAUAAUUGAAUUGUUUUUAUGAAUUAAGAACAAGUUGUCUGUGAUCUACAAUAAUUAAAAGAAUAUUUAAUAAGUAUUAACAGAUAAAAGUAUAAUUGAUAUAAUAUCGAUAAUGUUGAACGAUGGGGGGAAAGAGAUAACCGAAGGGGCGAUCGAAUUUUAUUGGUACAAGUUGAGCGCAGGCAUUCUCGUGGCAUUGGUUGAGCAAUACGAUAGUAAGAGGAAUAAAAUAUCGCAUAAAAAAAAUUUAAGGUCACCGUAAAGGAAUUUUAGAAGAAAAAAAAGAGGUAUAUAUAUUAUAUAAAUUACAAAAAAUAGAGAGACUUAUAAUGAUAGAGCAUGCAACGUGUGAACGUUUAAAUCGCUACCUUUAAUCUGUACUAACUUGCGAUAUAAAAAAAAAAACAAAGGUGCGUGCUGCGUUCGGGAAUAGUACCAAUAAAAAAAUAUAUAUAUAUAAUUAUAUGGCACUUGACCGUCGCGGCUAAAAGUAUAUAGGAUUAGAUAGAUUUAUAGAAGCGCAAAACACCAAAAAUCGUUCCUUCCACCCGCUCCGGCCGUGUAUAUUCGAUUUUAAAUAUAUCGCAUCUCAUGUGAAGUCAAAGCUCUGUGAAUUUAUAAAAGCGCACCUCAGAACGCAAUUAGCAUUGUCAUCUUAUUAAAUGAAGGAAGGAUAUAUAUAUACAUACGACCGUAUCAUCACACUGAAUAAUAAGUUGUUCAACGAGUGUUACGAAAGAUAUUUGAGAUGAUUUUUCUACAGUUCUGGCACACACGAGAGGAACGUGCAACAUCAUCGUCGUCUUUAUAUUUAUGUACAUUUUAAUUAUUGUAAACUUUUCAAUAUUAUCAAACUAUGAUCGAUUUUGUGUGAAAGUGUAUAUGGCUUUUUCUGCGAUUAACAAUAAAAUGUUUUGUCAAAGCUUU